AUGAAUGCUAAAGCAAACGACUCGAAAUACUUAAGAGUAGCGAUAUGGAAUCUUGGGUCGCUAACCGGACGCUGUGCCGAAUUGGCAGAAGUAUUAGGUAGAGGACGAGUACAUAUUGCAUGUAUUCAAAAAACAAAAUGGGUGGGGGCGAAAUCUCGAGAUAUUGGAGGUGGUUAUAAACUAUACUACUAUGGAGAAAAAACUAAAACCAACGGAGUAGCAAUAGCUGUAAACAGGGACCUACAAGAACGCGUAGUUAGUGUAAACAGAUACACAGAUAGAAUUAUGUCAAUUAAAAUAAUGUUGAAUGAUUCCGAAAGGUUGAAUAUUUUUAGUGUGUAUGCACCGCAGGCAGGUAAUGAUGAAAAUACAAAAGCAGAUUUUUGGGAAGAACUCCAUCACCACCUGCAAGGAGUUCUGGCAUCAGAAAUGAAAGUUGUUUGUGGUGACUUAAAUGGACACCUUGGACGAGAAAAUCAACAGUACAGCAAAUGGCAUGGCGGUUAUGGCUACGGGUUGGAGAAUGCACAAGGAAGGGACAUACUGGAACUGGCGUCAGCUUUUAAUCUAGCUAUACUCAAUACCUAUUUCAAAAAGAAAGACGAGCACCUUGUAACAUACAAAAGUGGAAGUAACUGUUCUCAAAUAGAUUACAUACUGCAUGACCGUACGAAUGUGAAAGCCUGUAAAGAUUGUAAAGUUAUACCAGGGGAAUCACAUACUAGUCAGCAUCGAGUACUGAUAGCCGAUUUUAGAUUCAACUUUCAAAUCCGAAGAGUAAACGUGAAAAGAAAUGCAAAAAUUAAAUGGUAUAAGUUAAAAAGAAAUUCACGAUUUACUGAAGAAAUAAGAAACUACCUUGAAAUUGAUAUAAAACAUAUAGAAGAAACAGAGACUAUGUGGUCAAAAUUUGAAAGUUUCUGUUUUAAGAGGGCACAAGAAAACCUUGGUCUUUCUAAAGGACCACUUCAAUCAAAAAAUGAGACAUGGUGGUGGAGCGAUGAGGUUCAAAAAACGAUCAAACAAAAGAAAGAACUGUUUAAAGCUUGGCAGAAAACUAAGAAGGACGAAGACCAUAUGAAGUAUAAGAAAGCGAAGAAAGAAUCAGCCAAGGCGGUUAGCAUCGCAAAGGAAAUAGCGUUCGAAAAAUUUUAUGAUAGUCUAGACACUCCUGAAGGUGAGAAAGGUAUAUAUAAAAUUGCAAAGCAAAGAAACAACAGCACUAAAGACAUGAGAUGUGUAAAAUAUAUAAAGGAUGAAUCAGGCAAUACCCUAACGAACGAAGAAAGUAUCAAAAAGCGUUGGGAGGAAUAUUACUACCUACUUUUAAAUGAUGAGUUUGAGCAUGCUGCAAUUGAACCAGCACCGAGAGUUGAAGGAGCGGCACGCCAAAUUGAUGAGGACGAAGUUAAGGAAGCCGUCUCAAAAAUGAAAAACAAUAAAGCAACUGGACCAGACUAA